UAAAAGGAUAAGACUUAAAAAGAUGAGAGAGUGAAGAGCGGGAGAGUCCCAUCCCAAAAUCCCCAUCUCUCUCUCAAAGUCUGAAAUGGCCACUGCUUCCCUAACCCCAAUCUCUCCAGUUUUCUCAACCUCCACAUCUCCAAAAUCUCCCAUCAAAACCUCAACAACACCCACAAUAUGGCACCAAAACCGAAACCAUUUACCUCUCAGGAGACAAAUUUUGCAAGGAUUCGCAUUGUCUCCCCUCAUUCUGAUAAAAGAAACUGCCAUUUCAGAAGCUAGAGAGGUCGAGGUUGGAUCCUACCUCCCGCCUUCCUCAUCAGAUCCUUCCUUUGUGCUUUUCAAAGCCACUCCUAAAGACACCCCUGCUCUUCGUGCAGGAAAUGUGCAGCCCUACCAGUUCAUCCUCCCACCAACUUGGAAGCAAACACGCGUAGCAAAUAUAUUAUCUGGCAAUUACUGCCAACCCAAGUGUGCAGAGCCUUGGGUUGAGGUAAAGUUUGAGGAUGAAAAGCAGGGGAAAGUCCAGGUUGUUGCGUCUCCUUUGAUACGUUUGACCAAUAAACCUAAUGCUUCAAUUGAAGACAUUGGAAGCCCCGAUAAACUCAUUGCUUCACUUGGCCCUUUUGUAACUGGAAACUCAUAUGACCCAGAUGAGCUGUUAGAGACAUCAGUUGAAAAGCUUGGUGAUCAGACGGAUUCGCUGCAGUCUAGGGCUAGUCAACGGUCCACGUCGUAACUUUCCGGUGCGGUCACCUAUCGCUACAGUUUUUGGCUCGUUUAACUUAAUCACAUUUCAUUGCUCUUAUUUUUUCUUUAUUUUUCUUGUUUUUUUUCUAUUAUAUUCAUUAUUUUAUGUUUCCUCACAAACAUUUAAGUGUAGUUCCAGGCAUUCUAGCUAUCCGGACAGACACUGGUCACCGAAACAGUAGAACGCACUACCGAAUAUAGGGGUGUUACAUGCUUUGAGAAAUAGGUUACUACUUCUUAAGUCCGAUACUUUUUUUUUUUAAUUUUUUUUUUAAUUUUUAAGUCCAAAUACUUUUUCUUGUUAAGUUCUGAUGUUCGUAAAUUUGCUUCUCUUUAGUUCUGAAAGGAAAACUCCAUUGGCUUCCAUUGUUCAACACUAAAUAUAUCAUUUUACUGGCGCUUUUUUUCUUUUCCUUCCUUUUCUUUGGGGGUCCAGUCCAAUACUUUUAAGAAUGACACUUGUUUUGUGAAAGGCGAGUAUCUUAAUUUAGUUUUGAGGGUAGAAGUCUUGUAAUAGCCGGAAAGAUAAUAGCAUGCAUGUGAAAUGUUUUAAUAUACGACGGGCAUACUGGAGAGGUUGCUUGAGACUCAAAUCAAGUCUAUUUGUCCAAUGGGUGGAUUGGAAAAAAGGCAAUGCUAAAUCUUUGUUAUCUUUUU